CUUCACAUGCUAUCCACUAUUUAUUACCGAGAAAACACCUAUGCCUUUGUUAGCUUAGAUACCAUACCGAGAGCUCCGAAUUCGUAUAAAGGGGGCCAACCACCGAUCCGUCUUAAAUUUUCUGAAAACCGAAAUCGAAAUAAACAAACUAGGUAUUAAAAUGAAUUUAACGGUUCCGAUUAGUAAAAUUUCAAGUGAAGUCCUCCCGAAGCAUAUUCUGCUUGUCAGUAAAACAAUCAAGUAAAAUAUUAUCGCAAUUUCUACACUUCUUGGUCGGAAAACUUUAUCCGAACCUUUAUUUGAAUAUUUGAAGGUUAGAACAACAGAUAUUUUGAUUGCAUACACUCGCCAGAAAAAGUUUGCAUAUAUGGGUAUGUUUGUAAAUUAUAUUUUCUUGCUGAAAAUGGGUCAGUCAAAAAAUGACAUUAUUUUUCUAACGAAAAAUAUCUAGUAUCCCCAUAUUUUCCUGUUUCAUUUUGAUCAUGAGCUGAUUCUUCGUCUGUGAGUGAUUCUCGAACACGCGAGUAGCAGUCAUUUUAACCAGAAGUUUCAGUUUGCAGUAUGCUGUGCUGAAAGACAAAGAGAGAGAGCAAACUAACAGCUGUCGAUCUGAUUGGAAGAGAGUUGUACCUGCGACUUCAACUUCGAUACCCGCUUGUAAAUAUAAUAUUACUGUUUAUCCUCUCUUAACUAAGUGACGUGAUAGCUAAAAUUGGUGGAAGGAACACAUUUUGAGUCGAUUCCGGACAUCCAGGCAGCCGUGACGAGGGUACUCGCGGACAUCCCAGUCGAAGCGUUCCAGAAAUGUUACGAAGCACGGAAAAUGAGCUGGAAUCGCUGUAUAGCUGCCCAAGGUGAUUACUUUGAAGGGGAUGGCAGAGUUGUAGAAUAAUUUUCAAAUAUACAGUUUUUAUCAGUCUCAUUACUUAAUUGUCACACCUCGUAUGUAUCUAUAAUCGUAAAACAAAUCGCGUGAAACUGUUUAGCCUUGGACCGGAAACGACAGCGCUGAAACCUGUUAAAUGAGCUGUGAAAUAGCAUAAAGUAUAUUAACAAGAGUUAUAUUUUUUCGAUGAUUACAGUUAAUAUUCUGGCUAAUAAUAUUUUAAUGCCCCGCCGAUAUAAAAUAAAACAACAAAAUUGUACCAAAAUUCGCUGACUAUUUAAGGAAAACAUGUUUAGGUUUUUUUUACAGUAAGUAACAGCUGCUGUUUUUAUAUUUAACUAAUUUUCGGGGCAUACAAAAAUGUGGAAGGAUUAUAAAAUUGUCAUUUGUUUCGCAAUGUUUGCACUUUUUGGAGUUACAUUAGCGUGCUCGGGCCCACAGAUUCAAGCAAAAUUCAUUGAGCUGCAAGAAACGAUGAGAGAAUUGACUACUGCAGUUACAUCCGCGUGCUCGGGCCCACAGAUUCAAGCAAUAUUCAUUGAGCUGCAAGAAACAAUGAGAGAAUUGACUACUUCUAUACUGAAACUGAACCCGAAUGGCGAAAAUUCAUCAGGGAAUGAUAAUAAAAAUCCCCUUGAAGACUUUAAACCUAUAAUACCUUUCUAAAAUUUAAAAUCAGAGUAAAAACUUUUUGAUAAUGUAAAGAUAUUUAUAAAAAAAA